UUAGCGGUAUUACGGUAGUCUCCAUCAGCUGAUAUGACAUAAAGCUCCUCCACAAUAAAGCGCAUCAGUUCCUCAUGUAAACUUCACCGGAAUGACUUCCACCCAGGACAUAACGUUUACCCCGGGAAUUCUGCCCCGGGAGCUCGCGCAGAACCCACUGCAUAAGAUCUGGAUGCCGUGUCAGAACGGACUUCCGGAAACGCUCAUUGCUCAGAGAAGAGUUUGCAUGACAAACUGUCCUACCCUGAUAGUGACUGUGGGGUUGCCAGCUAGAGGAAAAACCUACAUUUCUAAAAAACUCACCCGAUACCUUAACUGGACUGGUGUUCCAACUAAAGAGUUUAAUGUUGGACAGUACCGGAGGGACUGUAUAAAGAUCUACAAGAACUUUGAGUUUUUCCGUUCUGAUAAUGAAGAGGGACUAAAGAUCAGGAAACAGUGUGCUCUGGCGGCUCUGAAUGAUGUGAGACAGUUCCUCAGUGUAGACGGAGGACAUGUGGCUGUGUUUGAUGGCACGAACACGACGAGAGAGAGGAGGAAAAUCAUCCUGAGAUUCGCUGAACAAAAUGGCUACAAGGUAGAAACAAGUUCAACAGCUGUAUUGAAUACUAACUAGAGAACAGGACAGUGU